GAGCACCUCCAGCCCAUUGGUGGCAGCAAGUCAACUUGUUCACAAUGACAUUAUUUGGAGAGUUGCGUUGCUUCUGCAGAUCUGCUUCUCCCAUCACUCCAUCAAGAAGCCACAACUCAUCGUUUCCAACUCUCCUAUAGCAUCUCCAGGUUGUGUGAGACCAGAGAGAGAAGAGCUCUCCCGCAUGUUGUUUCAGAAACAGCGAGCAUCGCUGCAGGGGUUCUCCAGUUGGGGGAUGAAGGGUGAUUCAAGCAGACAAAAUAGCAUGGAGGAUAACUCACAAAUUUCAAGUGCAUUUCCAAAGGAACCACCUCUAGAAUUUCUAAAAGACAUCACAAAAGAUUUCUCGAGUGAACGAGAGGUCGGACACGGUGCGUUCGGAGUGGUUUAUAAGGGCAUACUUCAAACUGGACAAUUGGUUGCCGUGAAGAAGCUUGUGCGAACUUCGGGAGUUCAUGAUAGAAGAUUUCAGAAUGAGGUUGGCAAUCUCCAGAAGCUGGAGCACAAAAAUAUAGUCAAGUUACUUGGUUCUUGCUACCAAGUAGAAAGGAAAUUGGUGGAGAGAAACGGCAGACGUGUUCUCUCAGAUGUCCCAGAAAAAUUUCUCUGCUAUGAACAUCUCUCUAAUGGAAGCCUUGACAACUAUAUUUACGAUGAAUCGUCUGGACUUGACUGGCCCAUGCGCUUCAAAGUAAUCAUGGGGAUUUGCAAUGGUUUACAUUUUCUACAUGAGGAGGGAAAUGAGGCCAUCGUUCACUUGAAUCUCAAACCAAGCAAUAUAUUGUUGGGUGACAACAUGGUGCCGAAAAUCGCAGAUUUUGGAUUGUCAAGGUUGUUUGGUGAAGAACAAACUCGAAUUCUCACCCAAAAUGUUGUGGGAUGGAUAGGAUACAUUGCCCCGGAAUAUCAUUACAGAGGCGAAAUCUCAGUAAAGUCAGACAUAUUCAGUUUGGGUGUUCUUAUUCUCGAAAUAGUCACGGGAUUAAAGAAGGACCCCAAUAUUCAAGACAUUUCUUCUAAGUUAUUUAUUGAUAAUGUAUGCAAAAAUUGGACAAAAAAAUCGCAUGUAGAAUCAAAGUAUAAAUCACUAGAAGAAGAAUACCUCCUACAGGUAAAAAGAUGCAUUGAACUUGGAUUAAAGUGCGUGGAGACUGAUCCAAACAACAGACCUACUGCAGGAUCAAUAAUGGAUAAACUCGCAGAAAUCAAUUAUGAAGCUAGCAUUCACGAAUUCUUGGAGAAGAAGCUGCAACCAAUAACUGCAUUUCCAAGAGAACCGAAGCUACAAUUUAUAGAAGACAUCACAAGGAAUUUCUCCAAAGAACAAGAAAUUGGUAGAGGUUCUUUUGGUGUAAUUUACAAGGGAACGCUUCAAAGUGGGGAAAUUGUUGCAGUAAAAAGGCUAUUGGUUGUUUCACAAACUAACCAGGAUAAACAAUUUAUGAAUGAAGUAUGUAGUCUGAUCGAUCUCAACCACAGAAAUAUAGUAAAGCUAAUUGGGUAUUGUUAUGAAAUACGACGGAAACUGGUGGAGUCCCACGGAAGAUAUGUUUUUGCAGACACAACAGAAAGGUUACUCUGCUAUGAGUAUUUGCCUAGAGGAAGCCUUGACAUGUAUCUUUACGGCACAUCUCAUGAACUUAAUUGGGACAUUAGCUUCAAAAUAAUACAGGGGAUUUGUCAGGGUUUAAGGUUCUUACAUGAAUUGCGAAGACCCAUAAUUCAUAUGGAUCUCAAACCUGGCAAUAUAUUGUUGGACGACAAUUUAAUGCCAAAAAUUUCAGAUUUCGGUUUGUCAAGGCUCUUUGGUGAAGAACAAACACGGACGCUAACUUCAAAUGUAGUGGGAUCAAGAGGAUUCAUGGCUCCAGAAUACUACUACAGAGGUGAAGUCUCAACCAAAUCAGACAUAUUUAGUCUGGGUAUUCUGAUAAUUGAGAUAGUAACAGGGUUAAAAGUCGAUUCUAAUAGUGAAGACAUCUCGUCUAAGAACCUUAUCAACAAUGUACGUAAAAAUUGGACAAAAAUGCCCCAAAUAGCUUCCAAGUAUCCAACAUUGGAAGCAAACUCCCUUCAACAAGUUAAAAGAUGCAUCGACGUUGGACUCACUUGUGUCAGCACAAAUCCAAAAGACAGGCCUUCGGUAGGGGUAAUUAUCGACCGGCUUAAUGGAAGAGAGCUUCUUGAGCCAACAACCUAAUUCGAACACUUGAACUGCUAGUAUCUUGCAUGAAGCCUGAAUUCCAGACCUCACACAAAAUUGAAAAGUGGGUUUUCUGAGAUGCCAAAACCAUAGAAGCAGUGACGUGUGUUUGGAUCAUAGUUCUCUAUGCAGCGAUGUGCACCGAUUAAUGCCAUGAAUUUGCACUCACUGGAUACAUUUGAAUCAGAGAGUAUAACCUUCAGAAACAUAUAAGUCGUGAACGUAUCAAGGAAUAAUCAAUGAAUCAAAUUUAGCUGUAUUCCAUUAAAAUUCGCAAUCAAUUAGCAUACAACUUUACAGUGAAGCAAAGAUCACGGUAUUGUCAGGAUUAAAUGCUAGAGUUGUCAUUACUCAUUAGACAUUUACUGCAUUACUGAAAGUAAGAUACUAAAACCAAGUGCAGCAUCAGUGAAACCGUGAUUUCUUUCCACCCGGGGUCACUAUUCAACCGAGCACGGGUGUUGUACUCGAGUGCUUUCGCUAGCUUCUCUGUGAACUCGGUCCCUGGUGUGAUGACGUUGGGAUUUGAAACCUCAUGUCUCGUGAGGUAGCACCUCCAUCCCUUCGGCUUUAAAUUUUUCUCUGUGAAUGUUCUCUUCAAUUUCCUAUAAAUCAGACAGUAAAUAAACUUACUGUCAAUCAUUGUGCCAUACAUGGUACAUAUAUCAUGCGCGCAUGUAGAUGCAGAAAAUAGCAUAUUUGUAGGAAGAAUCAGUGGCGGAUCCAGCCCAUAUUAGAGUGGGGUGCUGAGCCUUUUACUUUUAAGUUUUUUGGGCUGGGUCUGUACUAUGUGAGAGGGAUUUCUUAGAUUUUUUUCUGGAUUUUCUCUUUUAUUCCUCCUGGGUUCGUGGGCUGAGCCCGUGCUGCAGUACCCAGCACGGGCCCUGGAUCCGCCCCUGGGAAGAAUUCACCGCACUUUCGUGU